AUGACGACUGUCGAGGUAGCUAGAGAUGGAGUGGCAUUGUUGUAUUGCGCGAUCAUAUUGCUCGUGUUGAGUUGGGUCGUUUUCUCCAUGCGAGUCGGAGUUCGGGUAUGGAGAAAAGCGUGGGGUAUGGAUGACUACCUUAUGUUUGUUGGAGUUAUUCUAUUCUCAGUCACGGCCUCUCUUUGCAUAGUCUGCUGUUUCUAUGGCUCCGGGCAGUUUGCACGGGAGCUGCCACCCGUAACAAUAUCCAAGGGGACAAAGCUCUUCUAUAUCGCGGAGUAUUUCUAUGCUGUCAGCGCCAUGUUCGUUAAGAUCAGUGUUGCAGUGGCGCUUCUCCGUAUCGCCGCCAAUCGUCAAUUCUUCACAUGGGGUCUGCGGGCUCUUAUUGGGGCUACUAUCGUUGCAGCUCUUGUUUUCUGUAUAGGUAUCGCAAAUAUCUGUCAUCCUAUCAACACUCUCUGGGGCGAGUCAAACGGCACCUGCAAUCUGCAGCUCAACACGAACGUCAGUCUGUUCUAUUCAGCCAUCGAAAUUGCAGCAGACUUCAGUCUCUCAAUCAUGCCUGCGAUCCUGCUUUGGAAUGUUCAGAUGAAGGGGGCUGUCAAGGCUUCAGUGGCUGUGAUGCUAGCGCUCGCUUCUUUUGCAUCGUGCGCCACCAUCGUGCGUCUCAAGUACCUCACGCUUUACAGUGACCCUGGCGAGUUCAUGUACAGUACGGGCAAAAUCGGCUUCUGGUCUCUGACCGAAGUAGGCAUCGGCCUCAUCGCCGGCUCACUGCCUCCUCUUCGCCCUCUCCUCUCCCUUCGCAUCAGGGUAUCCGCAGGCUCUAAUACACCUGCCGCAUCCAGUGGAAGAGCAUACCAAUCGGGGACGAAUGGCAGGCAGCCCACCUUGCGCUCGCGUGGGAUAGCUAUGGACACAUUCCAGACUUUGGGUGACAAUGAUGACGCUGAUCAUAGCGACGGCGACUCGCAGAAGAACAUUAUCAAGGAGACUAAAUUCACUGUAACAUCAACAAUUGCCGGAGGCCAUGGAAACCCUGGGUCAAUGUCUUGGGACCGUAAGGAGGGAAGCCAUGUCUGA